AUGGUUGAAAGCGAGCUUGCGCCCAAGUUUGCCCCGUUCCUCUCCUUCGCCGGAAUUGCUUCUGCAAUGAUCUUCGGAUGCGCAGGAGCAGCAUAUGGCACAGCAAAGUCUGGCAUCGGUAUUGCCGGUGUCGGUUCGUACCGACCGGACUUGAUUAUGAAGGCAAGUAAUGUGGUCUCCUGGGAAUGUGCAGCAAACCUACUAACUCGUAUUCUCCAGUCCCUCAUCCCCGUCGUCAUGUCCGGUAUUAUCGCAGUCUAUGGCCUCGUCAUUGCGGUCCUUAUCGCAGGAGCAUGUCAACCAGAGGCGAACACAAGCUUAUACGCGUCGAUCUUGCAUUUGUCUGCUGGAUUAUCAGUCGGUCUCUCGGGUCUGGCCGCCGGGUAUACAAUUGGUAUCGUUGGUGAUGCGGGUGUUCGGGCAUACAUGCAACAGUCUCGUGUCUACGUAGGCAUGAUCCUGAUUCUUAUUUUCGGCGAAGUUCUCGGUCUGUACGGUUUGAUUGUUGGUUUGAUUCUGAACUCCAAAUCUUGA